CGGUAUCCAGGUGAAAAGGGAGCCGAAAGGGAGUGCGCCCCGUGACUCCCCAUCAAUCGGUUGAAAUUUUUUCGGGGUUCAUGCGACUGCGUUCACACGGAUACCGGUUACAUGGCUGUAGGAGUCGGGUUCUGCCGUCGCACCGCCGACAACAACGACAACGGGCUCUUCCAGCACGACGGCGCCUCUGGCUCGGCCCUCGCUCCUCAGUCCGUAGCGAGCCGUUGCCGCCGUAUUAUGAAAGUCGCGCUUGUUGGGUGUGUGUUUGUGUAUGUGCUGCAGCUGUAAACAUUAGCAAACGGCCGACCCUCCAGAGGACUAACUACGUACAACGUAAUAUGAAUGGUUUCGUCAAGUGAACUCGGUGAGGGUACAGUGGUAGCGCGUGUGUCUGCAGGAUGGAUUCGACGUCGAGCAACCGCGGAUCGACUGGUCAGUUGUCGAGCACGGACAGCCUCGGAGGCGGCAUGCAUCACUCGCACUCGACGCCCGCGGGCGUAGACGGCGGCGCCCGCACACCGCCCGCCACUCCCAAGAAGGCCGGCAAGAUGCUCGCCAUGCGGGUCCAGAUGUUGGACGACACCGUCACUAUUUUCCAAGUGCAGGCCAAAGCGCUAGGGAGAGUAUUAUUCGAACAAGUCUGCAAACAGUUGCAUCUUCUGGAAGCCGAUUACUUCGGCCUGGAAUACGCCGAUAACCAUGGCACCAAGUACUGGUUAGACCUCCAAAAACCAAUUUCACGGCAGCUCGGCUUGUCUCUUGUCGACCCUCUUCUUUCAUUUUGUGUCAAAUUCUACACACCAGAUCCUGGACAACUCGAGGAAGAAUACACCCGCUAUUUGUUUUGCCUGCAGGUCAAACGGGAUUUGGCUCAGGGACUCAUGCAGUGCAAUGACAAUACCGCAGCCAUAAUGGCCAGCUACAUUGUCCAAGCGGAAUGUGGCGAUUACGUGGCCGAAGAUUACCCGGAUCAUACCUAUCUUUCCACAUACAAAUUCGUUCCGCACCAAGACGUCGAAAUGGAGAGGAAGAUCAUGGAGAAUCACAAAAAACACUCUGGCCAAUCCCCGGCGGAAGCAGAUCUAAAUCUGUUGGAGACAGCACGUAGAUGCGAAUUAUAUGGCAUAAAAAUGCACCCAGCGAAAGACCACGAAAAUGUCUCGCUCAAUCUUGCAGUUGCACACAUGGGUAUUCUUGUGUUUCAAGUUUACACAAAGAUCAAUACAUUCUCAUGGGCCAAAAUUAGGAAAAUCUCCUUCAAGCGGAAACGAUUUUUAAUUAAGUUACAUCCAGAAGGAUACGGUUACUACAAGGACACAGUCGAAUUUUUCUUCGAAGGUAGAAACGAAUGUAAGAACUUCUGGAAAAAGUGUGUCGAAAAUCACGGAUUCUUUAGAUGUUCUUCAGUCAAACAUGUUUCCCGACACAAGACCCGAGUGCUUUCAAGAGGCAGCUCAUUUAGAUACAGUGGAAAAACUCAAAAACAAAUAGUGGAAUUUGUUAGGGAUAACUACGUGAAACGGCAAACUUUCCAAAGGUCGGCAUCGUUCCGGCACUCGAGUGCCCACUCGAGCGCCAGCAACAUGCAUACGAGUACUGUCGGGAACAGCAUUUCCGCCCAUCCACUGUUGCCAUUAGCUGACAGCAACCUGAGCGUGGAAGUAUCCAAACUAUCGGCUUCGUUGGGGUCGAUGGGCGCAACUGUGGCGGCGGCACCGGGUUCUCCGACGACGAGAUCAGCCUCUCGCCACCUCGCCACAGCUACGUGCUGGAGCUCGGUCCCCGACACCAGGCCUACCACGCAGCUUGUUCAGACGACGAGCUCGCCCUCACCUCCUCCGACGACGCGAUCGCCGUCGCCCGCGACUUCUGCGACUACGAGCCCGCUGCAUACACCCUCCGAGGACCACCGCCCCACAUCCAGACCGCCCCCAUCUGCCAUGGCGUCGCAACUCCACGCCGUCCACGCAGCAGUUCACAGGGCAGAUACAGAUGAGCAAAAGUUACUGGAUAAGAAAAAUGGCAACGACGUUUCUUACAUCGAGAAUAAUAACUUCUAUUCCUCAACGCCAAAUGUUAAAAAAGUCAACGGCAACAUUUCCGACAUAUCGAUGAACGCCACCAAUGGAGAUUACACCACGUCUAAAAUAGAUGACAGUCCAAUAAGAAAUUUCGCCAAAGAACAGCUGAUGAAUAGUAUAAAUGCUAAUACGAACGGAACAAAUACGACGACUAUUAUCGCUGAAAUAGAGGGUGAAGUUAAAAAGAAAAGUAGGCCUACUGAUAAGACGUAUUAUAUUGCGAAAGAAAUUUUAAUGACUGAACUCACGUACAAGAAGGAUUUGGAUGUAAUAAAUGUGUGGUUCAGAGAAGAAGUAGGUAGGGAGGAACCAGAAGAAUGUUCAAAUCUCUUCGCACUUAUUGGACCAUUGGCACAAGCUCAUGGUCUGUUGGUUAAAGAUUUGGAACAAAGAUUGCAUGGUUGGGACGGCCGCGGUGGUCCCAAAGGAUCAGGAAAGAUCGCGGAUGUUCUGUUAAUACAUUUGCCGCCACUCCUGCCGAUUUAUGAAGAAUAUUUGGACAGUCACUUAUCGGUUCUGGAAACACUUGAUACUGCCUUCAAACAAAAUGCGCGGUUUGAACAAUUUUAUCGAGACUUUGAGACGCAGAAGGUUUGCUAUCUUCCACUGACGACGUUUGUGUUGAAGCCUCUGCAUAGACUUUUACAGUAUCAAUCCCUUUUACAAAGACUUCUUAAACAUUAUGGACCCAACCAUCCAGAUAGAACGAACUGCUUGACCGCUUGUGAUACACUGAAGGAAAUUAUCGUUCCGGUCACGGAAACUUUGGAACAUUCCGAAAAUCUUGCUACACUCAUCGAAUUGCAACGGGAUAUUGUGGGAUUCGAUAAUUUAAUACAGACUGGUAGAAAAUUUAUAAGACAUGGCUGCUUACUUAAACAUUCCAGAAAAGGAUACCAACAGAGGAUGUUCUUCUUGUUUUCUGAUAUACUAUUGUAUACGUCGAGGUCCCAAGCAACUCUUCAAUUCAAAGUACACGGACAUAUGCCAUUACGGGGUGUCCUUAUUGAGGAACCCGAAGGCGAGUUGUCAUUCAAUGGGUUAGUCAUUUACGGUGGCAACAGAGCCCUUACAGUGGCAGCAAAUUCGCCGGAAGAGAAGCAAAGAUGGAAAAACGAUCUACUUACGGCAAUUCAACAAGCCAGAGACAAAUCAGACACCAAAGUGAAUUAUCUGAGCUUAAAAAGUUGUAGCUCUUCAGACGAACACAUAGACCAAAGCAGCAAUGAAGUCAGCACCCAGACCAAGUCCCACGCCCAAAGAAGUAAUACGACGGUGCACGUGUGUUGGCACAGAAGUACCAGUAUUAGUAUGAAAGAUGAACUACUUGCGGUGGAAAACCAAUUAUCGGGUUAUCUCUUAAGAAAAUUCAAAAGCAGUAAUGGCUGGCAGAAACUGUGGGUUGUUUUUACAUCGUUUUGUCUAUUUUUUUAUAAAGGCUGUUUGGACGAAUUUCCUCUUGCUUCUUUGCCCCUUUUGGGGUAUGCUGUGGGUCCACCUUUACCUGAAGAUCAAAUAGGAAAAGAUUUUGUUUUCAAGCUGCAGUACAAGAAUCACGUCUACUUCUUCAGAGCGGAAUCUGAAUAUACAUAUAAUAGAUGGAUGGAAGUAAUUGGAAGCGCAACUCAGCAUAGGAUAAAAAAGAAAAUACCGGUAGUAAAUGAGAAUUCCAUUGAAUAUUCUCCAGAAAAGUGAUGAGUGGCUCAAACAUAUUAUUUAUACUUUAUAUUUCUUGGGUUUAAUUUAAUUAUUAUAGUUUUUAGUUUCAUUUCUUACCUUGUACAUAAUUAAUUAUGUUAUCAAAAUUAAUUUAUUAAUAUUUAAGUCAAAAUAAUAUCAAAUUUGAUUGCUGCAUUUGUACUUUAUGUCAAAGUAUUAAUUAAAAUAAUGAAAACCAGUCAUUCCUAUCAAAUUAAAUGUGCCUUCAUAUUUUUCUAUGUUAUUUUUGUAUAUAAUGUAUAUUUUUUAUUAAUGUACUUCCGUAAAUGAUAAGGCAGCUUAUAUAACAAAUUUACAUUUCUGUUGGAAUAUAUUUACUAAAUAAAUUUUACUGUUUACUUUA